GUGCCGAGAUUUGCGCCUUAUUUCUAUAUAUGUAACGCUGUUUAUAUAUAUUUCUAUAAAUAAUAUAUUAAAAAAACUGUUUUCUAUGACGUUAAGUUAAAAGUUUUGUAUGUUUGUGUUCAACAAAAGUGUUACAAUGGAUGACCCAACGACAACGUUGGACGCGGAGGCAGGCGCGUCGCACACUGAGCUGGACAACAAGAACGGCCACUCGCUCCACUCCAAGGUGCUGAAAAGGCUGGAGACAGUUCCGGACAUCAAGAGAGACACAUCGGGCAUCACCACCCAGUACAUCGCCACUGGCAUAGUGAACUUGGGAGCGUUUGCGACCGGGGUCUGCGUUGCGUGGUCAUCGUCAGCCCUUCCCUUGUAUCUCACAAAUACAACUAUCCUAGAAGAAGACUUUCAAGCGUUCAACGGUACUCACUCCAAAAUUGGGGUUACACCGAGAGGGUCUUGGGUGGUGUCCCUGCUUUGCCUGGGGGCGCUGUUCGGUGCAGUACCGUCAGGUCUGAUAUCGGAGCACUUCGGUAGAAAGAAGACCUUACUCUACUUGGCCUUGCCAUUGCUGGUUUCCUGGAUAUUGGUGGCUUCUAGUCCAAACGUGUACGGACUAUACGUGGGCCGCUUCGUGGGCGGCGUAGCCGUGGGCGCCUUUAGCGUGAGCGUCCCGCCCUACGUCGAAGAUAUAGCGGAGUCACAUCUGCUACCAGCUCUAGCCAACUUCUACCAUGUGCUGUUCGCUUGUGGAUUACUAUUCGGCUACAUAAUUGGUAUGGUCCAGAACCUAUCCUGGCUUGCAGUUCUCUGCGUUACCAUACCCGUUGCGUUCUUCAUCGCCUUCAUCUUCCUGCCAGAGUCCCCAGCUUAUCUCUUGUCACAAGGGAAAUCCAGCGAAGCCAAAUCAGCGCUAAGAUACUUCCGAGGAAUUGACAACGACGUGGACGGAGAACUUAAAGCGAUAAGGGAAACGUUAAGGAACUUCGCGAAAAACAGAGUGACGUUCAAGCAAUUGUUCACCACGAAGGCGACUGUCAAAGCGCUGGUUGUCUCUUUCGGACUCAUGAUCUUCCAGCAGUUGAGUGGCAUAUACCCCGUCCUCUUCUACUCUGAAAUGAUCUUCUGCUCUUUCGCAAAUCCUUUAUACGACCGAGAAGCUACUUACAUCCCGAGUAUUAUUCUUGGUUUCUGCUUAGUUUCUUCUACUUAUUUUUCAACAAUGUUUCUGAAAAGAAUGAGGAGAAGAGUUCUGCUUCUGUGUUCUUUCACGGGAAUGGCGCUAAGUUUGGGAAGUUUGGCUAUUUAUUACCAAUUGAAAGCGUCGAAUUUGUCCACAAGUAAGACAUGGAUACCUGUGUUGGCUUUAUGCAUUUUUGUGUCGGUUUAUGCCGCUGGGGCUGGACCUAUUCCAUGGUUAAUGCUCAGAGAGAUUUUCCCCCCGAAUGUUAGGAGGCGGGCGACUGCCAUAACAGCGGGUUUCCACUGGUUCCUAGCCUUCGGUGUCACUAAAUUGUACCAGAAUUUGGAGAAGAUGGUACAAGCUGGCUGGGUGCUAUGGAACUUCGCAGUCAUAUGUGUCAUUGGCACUAUAUUUAUCUACUUUUUCGUUCCUGAAACUAAGGGUAGGACGCUGGAAGAGAUUCAGAAUGAACUAAAUGGGAUUCAUAAAAGGAGGGCGCAUAGACAUGUUAUUCAAGUAGAGACUAUUGCGGUUGCUUCUUCAUAAUUAUAGUUAGUACUGUUUCUCACGAGUUGUUUGUUUAGAUACAGCAAACUGUUUGUUAAACAUACCUGGAGCCUUUCACUAUGACACAGCGUGACGUUAAACUUGGAAGAGCUAUCGCAGAGUAAAUAUAAAAUAGAUGCUAAAUGGUGUACCAACUAGAAAUCAUAAAAUAAUUAUUGGCUAGAAGUAACCGUUACUUUGUGGAAUUACUAUGAAAAGUAAUAAUUUAAUUUAUAAUAUUGGUCAAAACCUGGCAAGUAUAUUCCGUACUCUCGCCCGUAGCACGGCGUAGUACAGUACUUUUCCUCAAUAGUGUGCGGAAAUUCAGACUAAGUAGUACCUAGGUAGAACUCUUUUUUUAAUGGCUAACAACGAAAGAUAAUAAUUUUACCCGUAAGCUGUCUAUUUGCAAUUUUAGUAAAACCUUUGAUAAGUUACGUCCUUGGUGGCCACGCUUCAGAGUAACAGAUCGUUCCAUUUUUAAUUUACAUGACAGAUAUGAGUUUACUAUGUAAUAUAUUUGGCCGCUAAACUGCGACAAAUAUAGAUUUCCAUACAAUUUUCGGCGACCGCUGCUUGCAUGUAUUUGGCCAGUAGAGCAAUGUCGAUUUAUUUAGAAGAAGGUUGUCAAAAUGAUGCUCAAAGCCUUCUUAUUGCUUUACUGUGCUUUAUUAUGAGUUGAGGUUCAUUGAGCAACACAAAGUUCUUAGGAGGUGUAAGUCUAAUAUAACCUCACCAAUCCUCCUAACAGCCUCUCCACUGAGAGAGAAAGAGUGGUUGAAUAACGAGUUACGCAUUAUAUGUGUAUAAAAAAUGGUAAAAAUGUAUGGAAUUAAUAUUUACUUACAUAACUACAAAACGAACCGUUUAACAUUUAAGAGUAGAUUGUUUUUUUUUUGUACAAAUCCUAAUUUUU